CACGCAGCAGCACUAUCACAGCAGCAUCCUCUACAUCCAACAACUAGCCGCGAGUGCAGUAUUAGUACAUCCCACAGGUACAACCACUCACCAGCCGGCCAGCCAGCCUCUCGUCGUGAGAAAGAGGAAGACCUUUCAGCACAUAUCACAGGGUUCCAUACUUCCGAGGAAUACUACCAUAAAAGAGAGAGGACAUGGCUCGUGCGUCUUCGGUGCUCACGGUCUUGGGGUCGCUCCUCCUGGCAUCGACCUGCCAGAAUGCCUUCGCGGCGGUGCACCGCGUGAAGCUGUCGAAGCGCCCGGACAAGGAGUUCGUCAACUCCAAGCUGGACAAGGCCCACCACCGCCACCAUGAGGGCGCUGAAGAGCCUUCGAGGCCCGAAGAGGGUGUCCUGCAGGCGAACCUCCGCGGCGCAGUGGAGCAAGUGCUCAUGAGCGAGCUGGAGACGAGCGGAGAGGGCAAGGUGAUCGUCAAGGACUACCAAAACGCCCAGUACUACGGACAGGUGGAGAUCGGCACGCCACCUCAAUCGUUCGAGGUCAUCUUCGACACCGGGAGUGCCAACCUUUGGGUGGCCGGGAGCAAAUGUGGCUUGUCGUGUGGCCUGCACUCUCGCUACGCGGCGUCCAAGAGCUCCACCCAUGCUGAAGACGGGCGUGACUUCGAGAUCACUUACGCUAGCGGGCCAGUCAGCGGGUCCCUGUCUGCGGACACCGUCACGUGGGGUGGCAUCCAGCUCAAGGACCAGACAUUCGCCGAGGUGCAAGAUGCCAAGGGGCUUGGUCUGGCGUUCAUCCUGGGCAAGUUCGAUGGCAUCAUGGGCCUCGCCUUCGACGAGAUCAGCGUUGAGGGAGUUCCGACCCCCUUCGGGAGGCUUGUGGAGGAGGGGGAGCUCGACGAUGCGGUGUUCGCGUUCUACCUCGGGAACCAGAAGGAGGGAGAGCUAAUCAUCGGAGGCACAGACCCGGACCACUACCUCCAUGAAAUCAACUACGUGCCCGUCACUAAGAAGGGCUACUGGCAGAUCGACAUGGACAACGUCGACGUCUCCGGCAGCUCGGUGACCUCGGUCAAGUCUGCUAUCCUCGACUCAGGAACAUCUCUCCUCGUGGGGCCUAAGGAAGACGUCAAGAAGAUUGCAAGCAAAGUGGGCGCGAUCAGCUUCAUGAACGGGGAGUACCUCAUGCCCUGCUCGAGCGACCUUCCCCCGCUCACGUUCACCAUCGGCGGCAAGGAGUACACCCUCGAGGGAGACGAGUACGUCAUCAGCGCCGGAAACGAUAAGGUCUGCAUCCUGGCCAUCAUGGGCAUGGACAUCCCCGAGCCGAUGGGCCCCCUCUGGAUCCUCGGGGACGUCUUCAUGCGCAAGUACUACACGGUCUUCGACUACGGGAACGCCCAGAUCGGCCUGGCCACCUCCACCUAACUGCUCUUCAGCAGCAGUAGUAUUUUAUCCCCCAUAUGUUGUUGGCAUCAUCGUUUUCGACCAGGUGCAUGGUCAUGUGUACAAAAAAAAAGGCCUGAAAAGUUAACGUUCUACCGCCAAGUUCGCAGGGGGAACGAGUUGGGAGUCGAACACUAUGAAAGGGUGUCUCGGACCCCGUGUAUGUGGGGUCGAUCUUUGGUAGGUGCUGGCCCUGGCUAAGGUCAGUGUCUCUCUCUUAACUUGCUAGGGGAUGGGUAGGUUGUGUCUCGACCCCCCAAGCCAGCACCAGAGUUGCGCCGCGAUUGAAGGUUUGCGAGGGAGCGUGAGUGAAGCACUGUUCUGUCAGGAGAGCGUCCGGUCGCUGUUCGCGACCCAGCGCCAACGAGCGGUCUACGCAUCGGUUGGGGUUGGGGUUGACGCUUGUUCCUGGGCGCCGUGGUUGUUUGCCGACCGGGUUCCUUGCAUGCAAAUGCCGCCGUCGGCUGUCUUGUCGAAACAAGGCAUCCAGUAUAUGAUGGCAGGCGUGCGUCCGACAUUUUUUUCUUGCCGAUGAUUUUCUUUUGUGUCUUGUCCGCUCUUGUAUGUAUGUGUGGAAGGGUUUUAGCCUAUAAUAGUGACCGCUUUUGUACCGCAGAGGAUCCGGGUUUGCUUCCUUGCUGCCCCCGCUGUCGCCGCCGCCAGCGGUUGCUGCUUGUAAAUUCAAUAGCACAGCCCGUCGCAAAAGAUUAUUCGUUUCGCCCCUUGCGAUUGUGAUGAUGAUCGACAAGGUUCCGGACGAGCUUCGCCAGGGUGGGCUCGAUGAAUAUAGUAGAUUUGGGGUGAUUGUGUUUUUUUUGUGGAUUUUGGUGGAAGAUAACAGUGGGUUACGAUUGAGUUACGUGUGAUUAAAUGCCAGAAAAAAGAGCGAGGUACCAUCGGUGGCGUCGAGGAAUGACUUCCGUUUGGCAACAGACGCGGACGACAGUGUGUACAUGCAUGCUCCAGGGUAGUUCACGGUCGGCGAUGGCGACGAUACUUUUUGGUCUGGUGUGUCGUUUGAGAGGCUGCCAUUUUUUCUUCAAUCGCUCGGCAAGCUCGGACGGUUUACGCAUGUUUUCGACACUCAACCGCUCAGCCCACACACCUUCUCCAAGAGGGACGGGCUGCCGUCAAAGUUGAGUGCGACCGGGAGACGGCCAGCCCGCGAUGUCAUCGUGCAAAGGGUAGAGAUACCUGACGGUCAUUUCCCUCAAGGAAGACGACGUGGUCACACCUAAAACUACUAGUAGGAGUACUAACGUUUUUGUGUUGCGGCGCUUUC